AUGGCAGCCUCCGACGAGGAAGACGACUACAUGAACAUGACCUUUGACGAACCCACCACCUCCGCCACCUCAAAAUCCCAACCAGAAACCUCCCUCCAGCGCCGCCAGCGCCUCAAACGCGAAGGCGAGAUCCGCGGCCGUCCCAAGUCCAAAGAGGAACUCGCGGCCGAGGAAGAAGCGGCGCGCGAAAAGGCGCUCUCGCGCUCCUUGCUUGAGACCGCGGCCGCCAAGAAGAGUAAAGGGUUCGCCAUGAUGGCCAAGAUGGGCUUCAAAGCGGGUGAGGCGCUGGGUGCUGGUGGUGCUGGUUCUGGGGCGGCGAAUGGCGGUGCUGGUGGUGCUGGCGCCGGUGCUGGCAAUGGCGCCAGGACGGAGCCGAUUGCUGUCGAGGUCAAGGCGGACCGGGGCGGUAUCGGGAUGGAGAGCGAGAGGAAGCGCAAGCUGAGGGAGGCGGCGGAGAGGAUUGAGGAGGAGGUGAGGGAGGGGAAGAGGGUGCGGGUCGAUCCGUUGGAGUACCGGGACCGGGUGAGGAUGGAGAGGGAGGCGGCGAGGGUACAGGCGCAGGUGUUUGCGGCGCAGCGGGUUUCGGAGCGGAUGGCGGAGGAGAAGGAGGCCGAGGAGACCGAGGGGGCUGGCUUGCUGGGUAUUCAAGGGGCAGCAGACGGCACAAGCAAUGGUGACAAAGGAGACGGCAAGAAGGACAAGACAAAAAAGACACGAGCGACCGGCGCGGCAUCGAGGCCGCUCAAGUCCAUCAAUGUCCUCUGGAGGGGCCUUGCCCGCCACCGCGAGGAAAAGGAGCGGGACCGCAGGAUGCGGUACGACUUGGAGCAGAGCCUGUCGCGGCUGCCGACGUAUGAGGACGACGAUGAGGACGCUGACGACCGCACGGCGCUGGGGAAGAAGCAGAUUGUCUACGUCACCGCGGAGGACCUGGACGAGGAGGAUCCCGAGCUCGACGCGUUCAACGAGCUGGAGGACACCGAGAAGCUGCGGCGGCUGGUGGAGUAUCUGAGGAGAGAGCACCGGUAUUGUUUCUGGUGCAAGUAUACGUAUCCGGACGAUGAGAUGGAGGGAUGCUCUGGUAUCACGGAGGAGGAUCACGAUUGA